AUGGCGAGGGAAACGUCCUGUGGGUAUGUCCGAUGUGGCCACCCUGACCAAUACCGCUGUGGUCUAGUCUACACCCCUGGAUAUCCAACUGCCUUUCCCCGGUCAGUUAUCUGCCUGUGGACCAUCGAUGGUCCUCCUGGAAGCUACGUCAGUCUUCUGUUGCUGGACGUAGAUUUGCCCUGUAGGAGCCGUGUGCUACAAGUCAGGGAUAGGUUUCUGACAGUAGGGUGGAACACGAUCCACGGGCUGUGUCGCGGUGAGGGCGAACAGAAGCGUUAUGUGUCGAGUUCCAACGAAAUGCGUUUGGCCAUGUUAGCGACCAGCCAGGAUGCUGAUAUUGGUAACAGUCGCGGAUUCAUAGCAACGUUCAACGUCAGUACGUUUAGUGCCAGUCGACAGGUGAAGCACCUGCCUGACGAUGCAGGUUUCAUUUGCCCGUGCGGUUGGCAUCUGUUCCGCCGAAACUGCUACCAGACCUUUCGACAUCACGUACCGGUGAACUGGGAGGAUUCAGACGCCAAGUGCCGAGAGUAUGGUGCCAACUUAACCAGCAUCUCUGAUCGGGCUGAGAUGGAAUUCCUCCACCUGCUUUUGGUCACCAAUGUUGUCGUCAAACGCAUCGUUGAUCCGAUGCUUUUUAUUGGUCUAUACGAUACCCACCUGAACCGAACCUUCGUCUGGACCGAUGGUAUUCCAGUGACUUACAUGGACUGGUCACCAAUGGAUGUCAGAACCUGGUUCCCACAACCGGACGGCGCCAAGAUCAACUACUGCGUUGCCAUAGUGAUGAAGAACGUCUGGGGAACUGACCAAUGGUACGACGUGGCCUGCGAUGAUCGGGCCACUAGAUCUUUCAUCUGCAAGGGAGCGGCCGAAAAAGUGACACGAUCGGGAGACAAUGCUUAAAGAACACACUUAGAGAUGGCGGAUAAACUCAUUUAUUCAUAUUGUUAUGUCCUACUCUACCUUUAAGUCACGCAAGCAUAACGGCACUCAGAAUGGAUAGCAACGCUUAAUAUUAAUGAUGUAUACCUUAAAUUGUAGACAAAAACAGGCGCGGGGGUUCGAGGCGAAAUAAAGAAAAAAAAUCUCACGUACGCCACAGAAUUGGGUUAACUUUUUUACCUGUUGUAAACGUAUGUAAAUAGGCUAUUUUGACGUCUGCAAUGCAUCUGCAUUAUCAAUGAUACUGCAAAUUUGACAUAACCAAUUACCAGAAUACAUUAUUCAUGCAAGGAAGAAGCAUAGUCUAGAACUUGGCAAAGAAGCCAGUGCAUUAUAUUUAUAUAGAAUUAGAGAAAUAAUACACAAUUAAUACAACUCAAUCCUGCGUUCAGUUGAGUCAUAAUGAUUGGUCGUUAUCAGUCAAUUCUAAAGGGUUAAAGACAUAUAGCAUAUUAUUCAACCAUAACCGUAUUCAUCCAGACGUAUCAAUAUCUAAGUGUUACAUUUUAUAUUAGAUAUUCAGGAUUUCUUAUUUAUAUCUAAGACUUCUGUUGUCAAUAGCAAGCACAGAUACGUCAAAAUGGUGUCAUAAAAUGACGUCAUAUCUACAGAUAUCGAUCCUAAUUUUUGAUUAUUAAGCCUUGAAUGUCUUCAGAUGCAUAUUCUUUAACAUAACCCCGACAUUCAAACGUCGUAAAAGUAUCCUAAUUACUGGCAAACCUAUUUUGGCGGCCAAAUUUGCAUAGCCACCACUACGCCAUUACGGUCACUUUUUCUCGAACUAUUGGGUUUUUCCUGUUGACCAAGUACCUAAUCAUU